GUUAUCGUUGCGCUAUAGCCGAUUUUAAAGAACGCCGAUGUUGCAAACAAACAAUUCGCGGCCUGGAAAUGCUACGCGCCGUCGUUUGUCUUCGGCUCUGGCCGCCAUUACUGCUUCCAGCAAAACCACGCUAUACGCAAAAUUCGUGAAAUUUGUGUAAAUUUUUUUACGAAUUAUCAACAAAAUUGUGCGUGCAGAUUUUUAUCAGCUGCAGCAACUAACAGAACAGGAAUACCAAGAACAGCAACAAGAACGCAACAAAACGCAACUGGAAGUCAAUAAUACCAACAAACAAACAUUAUUAAGAAUAAAGAUGAACUGAAAUGUGCAAAUUUGAUCAACGUAAUUAUGCCAAUUCACAUAAUUUUUUCGAUUUCAACGUGAAAAAUGUCGUCGACACAAUUGCUGCACUCGUUAUUGUUGUUGCUACCACUGCGUUGUCGUCGUAAUUGCAAUAAACUAAUCUCUUUGGCCCUGUUGUUGCUCUCAGCGCUGUUCGCAUACAACGAGCAACGACAGCAGCAGACGGCAGCAGAGGCAGCGGACGACGACGGCAGCAGCAGCAGCAGCAGCAACAGCAGCAGCAGCAGCAGAGGAAGCGGCCCAGCAGCAGCAACAGCAGCAACAACAACAAGAACUAAGCCAACAGUUACGUUGGACACGCCUUUGUAUACAGCAGUAGCGACUGCAGCAGCCGUGGUCAAGCGGCGUUCCAACAAAAAAGCCGCCAGCAGCAUCCAGAGCCGGGACGUGGGUACGGGCACGGAAACGGGCACAGGGGCUGCGUAUAUUAGCUGGCACAGCAGCCAUUGCCACCGCAGCCCCGGUGCUCAUACGGAGGCACAAGCACAGGCACAGGCAGAGCAGACGGUGCUGCGUCCAGCAACAAAUAAGACUCGCUCGGCGUUAGCGUUGACGUCGUUACAUAAGCUUAAGAGCAGCAUAUCUCCUCCAUCCAUAGACGCUUCAAUUUCGAGGCUAACAAUAGCAAAAGUAGCUGCAGCAAAAACAAGAACAACGAAUCUGUUGAAGGGCUCCUGUAAAGAAGCAGCAACAGACGCAGGCGAAACUGUAGGAAUCUGCUGUAGGAAUCCGCCGUUGCCACUGAUCGUUGCAGGAUCAGCCAUUGGCAGUUGCCAUUGCAUAGCAUCGAUAGCAACUUAAGAGCCACUAUCACCAUCAUCCACAACAACAAACAGAUAAAUAAUCAGACAACAUUAGCAACAACAAACAAUUCCACACACUUAGCAGCAAAACGUUCCAUACAACAACCAACACACAACAUCAAACAACAACAGCCACAGCCACAGCCACAAAAUGUCGAAACUAUCGUUUAGGGCACGUCACUUGGAUCCGUCCAAGCAGAUGCCCAUCUACUUGGCGGAGGAGCUGCCCGAUUUGCCAGAGUAUUCGGCCAUCAAUCGUGCUGUUCCACAAAUGCCUAGCGGCAUGGAAAAAGAGGAAGAGUCGGAGCAUCAUCUGCAGCGCGCCAUUUGCACUGGACUUAUCAUACCCACGCCCGAGGUUCUGCAAACGGAUCAGCCGUUCUAUGAUGCCUAUUAUCCGCCGGACUACAAAAUGCCCCGCCAAAUGAUACACAUGCAGCCCCUGGGCUUGGACACGGAGGUGCCGGACUAUGACAUGGACAGCGCGGACGAUGACUGGCUGAACCAACAGCAGCGCCUGCAGCUAACCGAGCUGAGAUUCGAACAAAUGAUGGAUCGGCUGGAAAAGAGCUCCGGGCAAACGGUCGUUACACUUAACGAGGCCAAAACGUUGCUGAACCAGGACGACGAGACUAGCAUAUCAGUGUACGACUAUUGGCUAAACAAGCGCCUCAAGAUGCAACAUCCGCUGAUACUUACCGUCAAGACGGAGAGCCGACCGGGGGCCAGCUCCAAUAAUCCCUACCUGGCGUUUCGACGGCGCACUGAGAAAAUGCAAACACGAAAGAAUCGCAAAAACGACGAAGCCUCCUACGAGAAAAUGCUUAAGCUGCGACGCGACCUGCAACGCGCCACAACUAUACUGGAGAUGGUGCGGCGGCGUGAGGAGACAAAGCGUGAUCACCUCAAGAUGACGGUCAAUAUAUUUGAGAAACGCGUUGAAAUGCGCGACUUCAACGGUGCAGUCUACUCGGAGCUCAAUGCCCAAUACAAGAACUCGAGACCCGUGUACAAUUCUUUGUAUACGAAUCAAUACUCACAAGGCGCCACGGCAGCUGGCACAACAGCUACGGGUGCUCUGAUGGCCAGCGGUGGGGUGCUGACUCCGGGCAUUUUGGCAGCGGGAAGCAACAGCAACACGGGAGUCUAUGCGCAGGCGUCGCAGUACCUGAACACAUCGAGUCUGACAAUGGAGGGCAUCAGUGCUGGCAGUGGCAACGGGAGCAGCAGUCGAAAGGAGAAGCGGCCGUACAAGAAGCGCAAACACAAACUUCCGCGGGAGAAGCAACUGCAGCAGCAGCAACAUCAGCAGCAGCAACAACAACAGCAGCAGCAACAACAGUAUUUGCCAGGCCUGGGCCUGGCGUCGUCAGCUUCGGGCGUUUCGCCUGCGCAUCUGUCCCAUCUGCAUCACCUGCAUCGCCAGAGCGCUUCACCGGCGGCCAACGAGUCGAUUGUGGACAGCGAGGAGGAGGACUACCUCGGUGUCGGCGCCCAAAAUGGCAACAAGCUGGGUUCCGAGAGCGAAGAGGAGGCGCCGUUUGCAUUUAGACGCAGACCGCGGUGUAACUACCUGCGGACGCGUGGAGCUGACGAAGGCCGCUGGCCUUGGGAAUCGCCCCCUGAGCACGCUGAGGAGGAGGCGCCGCCAGGUGCGGCCGUUGGGGCUGAGGCUAAAUACCGCUAUACGCUAACAUCGAUCAACUAUUUCAGGCCACGCUGUAUAGGCUUUGCACGCCGGCGUCUGGGGCGCGGCGGACGCGUGCUGCUUGACCGGGCCAGUAGCCGUUAUGAUGACCUGUGGUCACAGUUCGACUAUACGGUGAUGGACAGCGUGGUGAAGAGCGACAAGCCUCUGAAGCACCAGCAUAAACAGCAACUGUCCAAGCCCAGCUCCCCGCCCACCGUAGUUGAUCUGCCUACUUGCAAGGACUCAACCGCGGACGCCAGUGAGGCACCCGAGGCGUCGCUCCCGAAAGUUGAGCCGGCCAGUGAGCAGGUGCUGCCCAAAGAGGAGGAAGACGACGAGGCAGAGGAUGAGCUGUGCACCGAGGAUGAGAACGUCUCACGCCUAAGCGUCUACAGCUCAGCGGUGACGCUGGAGCAAAGUCCCUACGAGAUGCGCAUGAAGCGUCGCCGGUUGCAUCGCAAGAAACAGCAACUGCGCGAACUCAAUGCCGCAAAGCGUCUCAAGAGCGCAGCCAUUGAAAGCGAAGACGGCGUGAGCAUGGAUGAUGGCAUGCCACGGCUGCGUCCACUGCCCAGGGCGUAUUUGCAACGCUUGGCGCAGGCGCUGCAUUCGUCUCAAAUGCAGGCGGAAGCGUCGACGGAUGCGCAUGCUGUGAGUUUGGAGAAGCAGCCUCAGCAAGAGCUGGAGCUGAAGCAGGAGAACUGCGAUGAGCUAAUAGAGCAGUCACGCCACGCUAAUCAUCAGCACCACCGUUCCAAUAAUAAUAACAACAACAACAACACCGUGUUUAAUAACAACAACAAUAGUAGUAGUAGUAGUAGUAAUAUGAAUAAGAAUGUUAGCAUUAGCGAAAAAUUCAAUGUGAUAAAAGUGGAGGAAGCGGAUGCGGAUGCGGACGGAGAUGAUGGGACAACUCUGAAUGAGCAGCCGGUGGCCUCUACCUCGGCAGCGGCAGCUGCGGCACGCGCAGCCGAAGCGGCAGCUGCAGCAACAACAACAACAACAACAACUGCAAUUGGUUCUGCAAAUGCAACAGUCGAGGACGUAGCAAGGACGAUAAAGCGCGAACUGAUCGAUGCAGAUGACUCCAAUGAGCCGUUGAGCAGCAUACGCACAGCGGCGUCCAUGCAAAACCAGCAGCAGCAGCAGCAGCAGGAAUUGAUGGACGACGAUGAGGCCGAAGAUGAUGUAAAUCUGGCACAGCUUAGCAGCAUAAUACGGCACACAGCGGUCAAAAAGGAGCUGCAGGCCCAACAGCAGCAACAGCAGAAAAGGCAGAAGCAGGAGGAGAAACAACAGCAGGAGAGCCAGACACGUUGUUUCAACCAGAUGCCCGAUGUCAUACGCCUGCACAACAAGCAACUGUACAUUGAUGCUGGGGGAGAUGCGACCGCGGCGCCCACGGAGGACGACAACGAGUCGUAUGACUAUAUGGGCGGUUUGUCGCCCACGUCUAGCCAGCGGCUAGACAUCUGCAAUGAGCUGCUGUCGGAGAUCAGGCGCGACUGGCUGCACUUCCGGCCGAAGACGCCCACGGACGAGUUGUCGGACAGCAACCCAGGGGACGAGGGCAGCGGCAACGGCAAAGUUUGCGACAGCGCAGUCGUGGACUGGACACAGGAUACGCCCAUUAGCCUCGAGUUUGGUCUUUUGGGCAAGUGCAGCGAAAACGACGACGAUGCCGCAACCGACGCGCACUUCAUGAGCAGCGCCUUCAAGUACACGGAUCUCGAUGCGGAUGCGCAACUGCUGCAGACUGCUUACGGGCUGGACUACGCGCGCGACAGCAGCAACAGAAGUCCUGACAACACUAACGGCGACUGUUCUGACUCUGGCUCAGGCUCGUGUUCCGGUUCUGCGCUGGAAUUCAAUCUCAGCGGCGGUGAUUCACUCAACGACAUCAACAAUCUGUUGGGCGAUGAGCAUAUGCUGGUCAACAUAUUGCAGGAGUGCAGCACAGAUGACCCCAAGGCGCUCAAUCAGGCUACCAGCUUCUGGAACGGCAUUCUUGACGGCGAAGCGGCUGUCGACGAGGUCGAGAACGCCGACAAUCUGCUCGACUGCAAAACGGCGCCCGUCUCCGAUUUGAAGCGUACUGCGCGCAGUCGUGCUCACGAGCGAGGCCCACCUGCGCCGCUGGGCAGUUCCAGUUUCACAACGGCCGAACGCCAGUCGUCCUUCUUUUGCCAGGCACCGCCCGUCAAGCAAGAGCCGCCGCCAACAUUGCCAGACACCGUGCCGUCGGAGAUCACAUUGCCCAUUAAGCUGGAGCCAGCGGAAGCAACGCCCACACCGCCGACGCUGCUGGCACAAGCAUCGGCAAUUACCUUAACGACACCUACAACUCCCGCCAAUGUAGCGCCAGCAGUUCCAGCUUCUGCUCCAGCUCCUGCAGUGCCACCACCAACAACGACGCCAGCGCCCACACCAGCGCCAGCGCCAUUAGCUGCCAGCACUGCAGCGCCGCAUCUGCUUAACAUACCCGCCCAAAUCACAACGCAGCAUCAACAACAACAACAGCAACAGCAGCAGCAGCAGCAACUGCCUCAGCAGCCGAAGCCUACACAGGUAGCUGUGACGCAGCAGCUGCUGAAUCAGUUUGCGGCCAGCGCAGCGCCAGCUGGCACACAGCUGAUCGCAAGGACAGAGUUCGUGAGCAGCGGCACGGCGGUGGGUGACAUUGUCACCAUAACUCCACAUACGGGCAGCAGUCCGUUGCCGACACUGCCUACCUUGACGCCGCAGCAGCAACAGCUGCAGCAUCAGCUGGCGCAGGCGCAGCUACGCAAUGUGACCGUGCAGCAAAGACAGGCGACACCCCAGCAGCAGCAGCAGCAGCAGCAGCAGCAGCAGGUGGUGCAGCAACAGCAACAGCCCCAACAACAACAACAACAGCUGCUGUUCCAAAUGCAGCGAGAGAUUGGCGGCUCGCCGGCCGUAAUCUCUUCGCAGAGCAUUGUGACUUCGCGCAGCGGCAAUCAUAUGAUAUACACGACCAGCAGCGGCGAGAUUAUGACUGCAGCGGCACAGGUGGGUGCCCAGAAGGUGACAUAUGCCAUACAGAAGAGCAGCGGUGGGAGCAGCGCCUCCAUUGGACCCAACACUGUCAUCACGCUGUCCAACGUCAAGCUGCAGAACGAUGACAGCUCUUCGUCCUCGUCGGCCAACUCGAGCGUUAAUAUCAUCAACACCGCCAGCGGACAGCAGCUGGCUGUGCACAGCAUUUCUGGCAUUCAGCAGCAGCAGCAGCAGCUCCAGCAGCAGCAGACAACAACAAGUACGCCUCUGAUCGUGGCCACGCCCACGCGCAACAACGCCCACCAGCAACAGCAGCAGCAGCAGCAGCAACUCGUCUCGCAACAGCAGCAGCAACAGCCAAUUGUUUGGCGUCAGGUGAGUGGCACCAACACAGCGGUGGCCACAACGGCGGUGCUCUCGAGCACCACAUCGGAGUCGCCAACGGCCGUGGGCAACAAGAUUCUGUGGACGAGCCGCACCACACAAAAGCGGCAGCUAAACGGACCCGAAAACACAGUUUGUUUCGCUUUUGCAGAUAUUAACAAGCUGUUGUUGAAUCGUAAGUUUUCGCAGCGCAAGGUGGGUCAGCAGGUGGCUCAGCAGCAGAUCCAGCUAACGAAGCAGCAGCUGCAGCAGUUGGUGCAGCAGGACGAUGAGCUGGUGGCUAGCGGAGCCGGCGAGCAGCUCACCCUGCAGGAGGGCGGCGAUGCACUGCAACAACAACAGCAUCUACAACAACAACAGCAGCAGCAGCAGCAGCAGCAACAACACCAGCAGCUGCAAAAGAUCAGCAAGGUGAUCAAAAUGGCUCAGUUUCCGCUGCUAGUGUCGGACCUCAACUUGCAGCAGCAGACGGGUCAGCAGCAACAGCAGCAGAAGCCCAAUUCGGCAGCGGCCAUUGCGGCCAAUCACAACUACAGUCUGCAGCCGGCAACGGCCAUAAUCACCUCGCAGGCGGCGCCGCAGCAGGCCAACAAGAUCUUCCUGACGAGCAACAGCAGCGGCGGCAGCGGCGGCAACUUCACCAUUGCCACGGCCAGCGAGCUGCAGGCAGCGGUGGCUGCCAGCAACGCGGGCCAGCAGAAGCUACACUACAAGGAGCUGCCCAAUGCCAAUGUCAAGCUGAACUUUGUGAGCAGCGCCACAACAGCGAAUGCCGCCGAUACGCUGGUCAGCCAGACAUCGCAGCAGCUGGGCUCCACCACGGUCGUGUUGAACAAGACGGGCGCACCGCUGCCUGCCGGAAUCCAACAGCAUCAGCAGCAGCACCAGAAACUCAAGACGAGCGGUGGUCAGGUGCAGGUGCCGGUCUCAACGGGCGACAAACGCGUGCUCUACACCAGCCUGUUGAAUGUGAAACCCUUGCAGAAGAACAACAGCGGCCAAAUGCAGAUGCAGCUCGGACCCGCCGGACUGCAGCAGGUGCUGCGCGGCCGUCUCAACAACUCGGCCAUUCUGACGCGAACCCUGCCGCUGGGCACCACCGUUAACAGCACUGGCGGCGGCGGCGGAGUAGGCACUCCGACCACAAUUCGACAGCUGGUCACCAGCAAUGCCAACAAUGUGGGCAAUACGGACGGUAUUGCCAAGGAGGUGGGCAAGGUGCACGUGACCGUCGAGCAGGUGAUUGCCAAUGCCAACAAUGGCGGCGUUGUGCUGCCCACCAACACCAAUAACAACAACAACAACAACAACAACAACAAUAAUAAUAAUAACAGCAACAGCAACAAUAAUAACAACAACAGCAGCAACAAUGCGAAUAGCAGCAACAACAACAACAACGGCAGCGGAACAGGAGGAAGCGGAGUGAAUGCAACAACGGGCAAUGUGAACGCAACGCCGACAAUCAACAGAUGAGACGCGGACACCAGCUAACAUCCAAUGGCAAGUGGAGGUUGUUGCACCCUGAAUCUGCCCAGUGGCACCUCGCUCAGCCUGGCAUCGGCGGGAGCUGCGCGUUCGAGUCCACUGAUGGUGGCCCUGGGCCAGCUGUUGCAGCCGCCCCAGUGCUGCUGUGCGCUCUGCCUGGUCAAGCUGGGCAAACAGACGUCUGCCUAGAUGGCAACUGCUAUUGCUACAGCAGUUAUAUAAAAUAUAUAGAUUAUAUAUAUAUAUAGAAUUUCAUAUGCAUAUAUACAAAAUGAAAAACCUACAAAUAUUCGAUGUGAAUAUAAACGUGUGAGAUCCGCCUUCUACUCCUCGAGAUACGCCCCAAAGGUUUUCCAAAUUAUUGUAACAUACGGCGGAUCGGAUGGCAAGGAAUGCUGGUGGAGAGGAGCCGCGGCGGGCUGGGCGAUAUGAUUUAGUAAAUCUUAUGAUUAUUAUGUAAUUUGUAAUUCGUUUUGCUAUAGUUGCUUUACUUGCAUCCAUACAGAACUAAACGAAGAGCAGCAAUAAGAAACACUUGUGUAUAAAUCUAUAAUGAGAAGCCACCAAUAACGAAAAA